GUCCGGUACCUGUGGAGCCGCAACGAGGUGCACCUGGGGUCGGCGGACUUCCCGAUGAAGGGGUACCCCGCGGACCUGGUGACGGGGGAGGGCCUGGAGCGCGUGUUCGAGAAGCUCGGGUGGGCGGUGUCGGUGGUGGUGAACUGCGCGGCGGUGAGCCAGCCGGGGGCGUGCGAGCGCGACCCGGCGGGGUGCCGCGCGGUGAACGUGCCGUCGCGGCUGGUGGCGUGCAUGCAGCGGCAGCUCGACAAGACGGGCGAGGCGCCGCUGCUGAUCCACCUCUCGACGGACCAGGUGUACGACGGGGCGCGCGGCGGGUACGGCGAGGGCGACGCGUGCGAGCCGGUGAACGAGUACGGGCGGAGCAAGCUCCUCGCGGAGGAGUACAUCCGCGCGCACUGGAGCAACCACGUCAUCCUGCGCUCGAGCAUCAUCUACGGCCCGCCGCCGACGGUGCCCGUGGGGCGCGGGCUGUUCCUCCAGUUCAUCGAGGACGCGCUCCGGAGCGGGAAGGAGACGCAGUUCUUCGCGGACGAGUGGCGCUGCCCGAUCUUCAUCGACGACAUCUGCUCCACCAUCGCGCGCGUCCUCGCGCGGGCCAUGAUCGUCAACCACGCGCCCGAGCGGCCGAAGGAGUGCCAGAUCCCGCUCGACAUGCCGCAGACCAUCAACAUGGGCGGCCCGGACAAGCUCUCGCGCGUCGACAUGGCGCGCCUCGUCGCCGAGGCCGCGGGGCUCGACCCCGCCCCGAUCAAGGAGUGCUCGGCCGCCGCCGUCGACCGCCCGUACAAGAGCCCCGCGGACAUCUCCAUGGACACCACGCUCCUCACCGAGGUCCUCAAGGUCAAGACCACCAGCUUCAUCGACGCCCUCCACAAGAUGUACCAGCAUCAGAGCAAGGCGUCGUCGAUGACGCGCGGCGAAGACAGCGUAGAAGUGGACCUCACGGCCGCGUGA